AUGGAUAGCAUGUCGAUUAGCGACGUGAAGCAGUUGCUGCACCAAAAUCACAAGGAGGAGCCCCUGGCGGUGCCCGACCCCAAACUGCAGCGGCUGGUGUACAAGGGUCGUGUGCUUCGUGAUGGCGCCGCGUCGCUCGCUGACGCGGGCCUUUCAGACGGCGAUGUGCUUGUGCUGCUGCUGCCGUCCAAGCUGCCACCUCCCCCGGAGCCCGUGACCACGCCGGCGCCCAACGGGGCCACUAUCCGCGCCGCCCUCGUCGAGGAAGCACGGGCCCGCGGCCUCGACCCUGCGUCUCUCGUGGACCGCGCCGCUCCUGGCCGCUCGCGCCGCGGCGGCGGCCUGGCGCUGAACCUGCCUGCGGACCUGCUGCACAUGGACCCCCGCGUGCUGCAGCUUUUGCAGCAGGCGCUCGAUGGCGGCGCUUUGCUGGGCGCAGCAGAUCCCCAGGAGCUCGCAGCAGCUGCGGCCGCUGCCGCUGGCGCCGGCGCGGGGGAGGGCGAGUACGAGCUGGAGGAUGUGGUGCCGCCAGAGCCGCCCGCCGCCGCAGUGGAGCAGCUGUCGGACAUGGGGUUCUCGGGGCUGGUGGCGCGCAAGGCGCUGCUGCUCAGCCGUAACAACGUCGACCUUGCGCUUGAGUGGCUAUUGCAGCAUGCAGAGGAGCCGGGCGCUGCGGAACCUCCGACGCAGGAGCAGCUGCGGUCGGUGUGGGGUACGCGGCGCCGCAGGCGCGUACCAGCAACAGGCGCAGCUGCGGCCGCAGCUGCUGCUGCUGCUGCUGCGGCGGCGGCGGCUGCUGUGUCCCACCUGGUGGAGAUGGGCUUCUCUGCCGAUGCCGCAACACGCGCGCUGCGGCGCUAUGGCGGCAGCCUUGAUUUGGCGGUCGCGCAUCUGCUGAGCACACCCCCUACCGAUGACGAUGGAGUCAACGGCGGCCGUGGUGCGGGUGCGGCUCAUGUGGAGCAUGGGCACCCGGCGCUUGCAGAUGCGGCAGCAGCAGGCGCAGGCCCUAGCCAGGCUCAGCAGCGACAGCAGCAGCAGCAGCAGCAGCAGCAGCAGCCUCAGCAACAGCAGCAGCCUGAGGGAGGCAGUGCACGUUUUGCCUUCGCGCAGCAGCAGCUGCAGGCAACGCAACAGGCCCAGCCGUUGGAGCCUGGCGGCGACGGCGACAUGCUGAUGGCGGAUGCAUCACCGCGCAUGGGUGAUGUUGGUGCGUCGCUGGUUCAGUCGGGUGCGUUGGCUCAGGCCAGCACAGCGACAAGUGCGCAGCAGCAGCAGCAGCAGCAGCAACAGCAGCAGCAGCAACAGCAGCGUGAGGUUGAACAUGAAGAGGUGAUGAUGGACGCAGAAGAGGGCAUUGGCAUGGGGAGUGACGAGUAUGAAGAGGGUGUGGAGUGGGUGGAGGAGAGCGGCGAGGGCGGCGAGGAAGAGGAGUUUCUUGACCCGGACGGUGGCGAGGCCAUCCAGCAGCUCGGCAACGCUCUCGGCAAGUCUUGCGGGUUUGGGACCCUGGGCAGCAUGGACCUGGCUCAGCUGGGAAGCGCCGAUAUGGAGCAGCUGCUGCAGGGCAUCAACAUUGACGAGCUCAUGGGCAGCCAGCUGUUUCCUGGAGCGGUGGAGCCGGGAACCCUUGGCACCAACGCGCACGACGUGCUGCUGCGCAUCAUGGAGUCGCCGGGUCUGUUGCACCAAGUGUUGCACGGCGGCGGCGGCGGCGGCACUGGCAUUGGCGGCGGCGGCGGACCACCAGGGGCUGUUGCUGCGGGCGGGGUCGCCGGCGCCAGCGCUGGUGCAGGGCAGCAGCAGCAAGGCGCGCCGGCCGGUCAGGGGCUGCCGCAGCAGGGGCCACAGCAGCCCGGGCCGCAGUAG